AUUACUACCCACAGCCCAAAGCCCCAUUUUCAAAGCCCAUAAACAGCACUCUACGCUUCCAUUAUCCAAAUAGAAACCAAAUCGGCGAAUCCGUUUUCCAUCUCCGCCGCUGCUGCCACCGCCGCUGCUGCCAUCGCCGUCGCCAAGAUGAAGAUUGUCCGAGGUAUCUUAAGGACUGCCAAUGCUUGCCUAUCUCGUUAUUCUUCUCAUCAUCGGACUUUUUCUGCACUUCCGAAUUUUGCCCCUGAUGAUAGGCAAAGAACCAACUCAUUCGAGUCUGCUGAAGACUUUGAAAGACGAAUUUUUGGUGAUAGUGCGGGUAACAGGCCAAGUCCAAACUCCUUUUUCAGAAAGCUUGAUGACGCUGAAAAGUCUUAUGAUAGAUCUAGUAUGGGCUCCACAUUCAGUUCUGGAAACAGAUCUAGUAUCCUUGAUGGUCUAGAUGAGAGUUUUAAUACAUUAUCAGAUGGGAUGGAUGGUAAGCUGAAGGAAGCAGCCAGCUAUUUUCAGGUUGAUCCUGAUGAAGUAGACAAAGAAGAUUAUGCUUACAGAGCAGAUAUGACCUUUUGGCCCGGGAACACUUAUGAACUCAAGGAUCUUGAUCUUAGAAAACCAGGAGUUCGCAAGCCUAAAAAAAGGGAUGAAUUUGAAACUACGACAGAGGAAGUUUUGCGCAAAGCUGAUUUCAGGAAUGUGAGAUUCCUAGCUAACUUCAUCACGGAGGCUGGAAUUCUCCACAAGAGGAGCAAGACUGGAAUUAGUGCCAAGGCCCAAAGAAAGAUUGCCAGGGAGAUAAAAACUGCCAGAGCUUUUGGUCUGAUGCCUUUUACAACCAUGGGAACAAAACAGUUUGUAUUUGGCAGAACAAUGGAGGACCUUGAUGCAGAUUAUGAAUAUGAGAUGUACGACCCCAAUUUUGUCGAUUCAGAAGCUGGUCGGGAACCUUUUUAAUCCUUAAAAAGACACUAGUUACUAUUUGUUUUACUUAUCCUUGGUUUGUCCUUGAGAACAUGUAUUUCAGUUAUUGCUAAGGACUGAUUUGCAGAUGAGGAAUUAGCAUACUAACUCGCUUUCAUCCAAUGAAAAGAUGUUCUCGAGGUUUUGUUUCAAAUUACAUACUGCUUCAAAGGACUGCCCUACAUAAUAUAUGCUGGUCUCAUUGUACAUCAAUGAUUUAGCUGUUGGAACUCUCCUCCUUGAGAUGUUGUGAUUUGGUUCAUUUUGAGGAUGUUCAAAAUUAACUUUUGGCUCUAUUUCAGUUUUCGUUACUUCAAACAAAUAAAAAGCUGUUUUUUUUUUU